AUGAAGACUACAGGCACUGUGCUCCUGUUUUUGAGUUUCUUUGGACUGAACUCCAGUGUCUACAGAUUUCACUAUUUUGUGAAUCAGGCUAUGAACUGGCAUGAUGCACAGAAGUACUGCAGAGAGCACUAUGAUGAUCUGUCCACUGUCAACAGUCAAGAUCUAGAACCACUCUCUAAUUAUUACUAUUAUAUUUGGCUUGGACUUCAGACAGAUGUCAACCUAAAAACGUGGAAUUGGUCUGAAGGUGGGAAGGCAACAAUUAAUGGAUGGGGAUAUGGAGAACACAGCAUUUACUAUAAAAGAUGUGGUUUUCUUUAUAUGUCUCAUUUAUAUGAUAGUGAUUGUUCUUGGACAAUACCCUUUUAUUGUAUGGAGGUCUAUGAGCUGAUCCUGGUGCAGCAGGAAAAAACAUGGGAAGAGGCUCUGGACUACUGCAGACAGCACUACAUUGAUCUGGCCAUUAUAAACAUUGAGAUGAUUAUGGCAGAGGCAAGGAAUACGAUCACAGCAGCCCAGACAGAAGAUGUUUGGACCGGCCUGCGCUUUUUAGCUGGUCAUUGGUUCUGGGUAAAUGGAGAUGAUGUUGACUAUACGUCCUGGUCUGCGGAGGGAGAGCUCCAGUGUCCUGCUAUGAGUCAGCGGUGUGGAGUUUUAAAUAGAAAUGAGAAGGUUUGGAAGCCCAGAGACUGUGAUCGGAGGCUCAACUUUCUCUGUGUCAGGAGGGCAUCAUUUAAUUAAGUAACUGUUAAAUGAAUCUUACUAGGCCUGGACUGGGACUAAAAUUCUGCCCUGGAGAAAUCCAGCCC